ACUCGUUUGUUUUAAAUGUAAAAAAAGAAAAGGAAAAAAAAAAACAUUAACUGUCACUUCCGGUAUGGUGGGCGUGUCUUAACAUGUCAAACUAACCGAAGAAAAACAAAAACAAACCGAAGGCUGAGAGGCCCCGGUGAACGCUCAGAUGGGGACGUCGGAUCUGACGCGCUGUUGAAAAUACUCUCUCCUCUGGUCUCUGCUACAUCUGAGGUGAAUUUUAGCUGAGAUGCUUUUUUGGAGGAUCAAGUGAGAGAAAAAAGCAAAAACCUGUGGGGUUCUCCAGGGUUCAGUCCUUGGCCACGUUCCCAUCUUAACACCCCCCCCCCCCCCCCCAACAAUAAGCUGUGACGCUGUGGAGCCAUGGAUUCCUCUGAUGAAGACGAGGAGCGCACCUUCGUCCGGGUUCUCAGUGAGAAAUACAACCCAGAGAACUUCCCCUAUGGCCAGGGUGUGGUGGUUCUGCCCAGCCCUCCAGGAUCCCCCGUUAAAGACCGCCUGUUCUUGCCCAACAUCCUGGUUCUGAAUGACUGCGGCAUCAGCAAAGCUGGCGACAGAUCCGACAUCGAAGCUUUCUGUGCUCAUGUGCUGGAGCUGGACCUGGCCUACAAUCAGCUCAACGACUGGGGAGAGAUCAGCACCAUCGUCUCCAGCAUCCCUCGCCUGGACUUCCUCAACCUGAGCAUGAACCCCCUGAGCGGCGUGCAGCUGCAGCCCCGCGAGGCCGACCUCUUCUCCAGGGUGCGCCGGCUGGUCCUCAUCAACACGCGGGUCAGCUGGGACACCGUGCACACGCUGACGCAGCACACCCCAGAGCUCAAGGAGCUCUUCCUCUGCCUGAACGGCUACGACUCGGUGUCAGAGUCCCAGGCCUGCUGCCCGUCGCUCAGCCUGCUGCAGAUCACGGGCAACCAGCUGCAGGACUGGGCCGAAGUCAGGAAGUUUGGGCUGCUGUACCCCGGCCUGAGCACGCUGGUCCUGGCCAACAACAGCGUCGACUCUGUGGGCGACACCAAGGAGACGCUGGAGAGCCUCUUCCCCAACCUGCGCAGCAUCAACCUCAACAACUCAGGUCUUAGUAAGUGGGAGGACAUCGAGAGGCUGAACUUCUUUCCUAAGCUGGAGGACAUCAAAGCUCAGGGAAUCCCCUUGUUACAGUCGUACAGCACCCAGGAGAGACGCAGCCUGCUGCUGGCGCAGCUGCCGUCUGUGAUGGUUUUAAACGGGAGCAUGGUGUCCGUCGGGGAGAGAGAAGACGCAGAGAGGUUCUUCAUCAGAUACUACCAGGACUUUCCUGAGCUGGAGCGUCCUCAGAGGUACCACAUCCUCGUGUCCAAAUAUGGUCACUUAGCUCCGCUGGCUGAGGUGGACCUGAGGCCCCGCCGCACGGUGGUGGACGUGCGCUGGGGGGACCGGGUGGAGCCGGUCCCCCUGCGCCUGAAGCAGACUGUGGGCGACCUGAAGAAGCAGCUUAAGGCACUGCUGCAGCUGCCCUCCAGCGGCAUCAGGCUCUUCCACAUCGACAAAGAGCUGAGUUCGGUGCUCGGACCCGAGGAGCUGAAGUGCGGCUUCCGGGCCCUUCACUCCUACAGCAUCCAGGACGGGGACGAGAUCCUGGUGGUGCCCAAAGUGAAAAACCGCUGCAGCUCCUCAGAUUUCUGAGGAUCUGUGGCGUUGGACGAAGAAUUAAAAGCUAACAGAGACGAAGCUUUCGUUUGGUAAGACUAGGUUUGCCAGUGUUGAAUGUAAGGAAGCUUCCUGAGAGCAAAUGGAAAAUCAUGCAACGUUAGAUUUGCACAUUGAAACUCUUCUAGAUAGCUUUAAAAUAAUUCAAGUUUAGUUUUUUCUGGUCUAAGAAGCGGAUACAUCUGGAGAAUUACUUUUACUUUAACCAAUUUGCUUUCAUCUGGAUCAUUCAGGCUUUAAAAGGUUGGAGUUUUGGGGCCAUAACAAUAUUCAUUUUGCUUUUAAGGAAAGGUAUAACCAUCUGCUUUCUGCAUAUUUAGGUGCCAAACAUAAACUAUGCAAAAGUUACAACAGGUGCAUGUCAGUGGACUGGAGGAUCAGUUAAAAGUUAAAUAAAUUUGGGAGUUUAUAUAUUAUAUAUGUUCAGAUUGACAUAUUAAAAGUGUUCAUUUCUGUUCUGUUGAUGAUUCUUGCACAAAGCUAAUGGUAGCCCAACAUUCAGAAAGGUUGAUUAUGACGUCAGACCAAUAAUAAUGAUUUAUUAGGACAGAAAAGCUGUUUCUAAGAAUGUUGGGUUUUUAUUAGCUGUAAUUAAAGCCCACAUUAACAGAAACAAACACUUGAACUAUAUCAAUCUGUGUGAAAUGUUGCAUUUACUUUUAAUCAUGUUCUAAGUUAUUGAGAUGCAUCUGUUUGUACGCAGUAAAAAUCCUCUAAAGGCGUCUGAACAGUCGAGGCGUUUAUAGUUGCAUGUGUUGCAUAAAUAUCUGACUGUCUUCAAAUGUUAAAUGAGAAUUUCAUCGUACCAAAGAGGUUAAGAAGACCCAGGAUGAAUUUAAUGAAAUGUGCGUCCGCCUGCUAUUAAUGUGCAGGACAAAGGGAAGGGGGAAGAGACGACAGCCCUGAGGGGCGCCGGUCAAAAACAGUGAACAAAAAGACAAGGCAAGUUUAUUUAUGACACAUUUCAGUAACAAGAAGAUUCAAAGGGCCGAAACAUGAAGAGAACAAAGAAAAGAAAACAUUACAGAGGAAAGUAAAGGCAAGAAAAAAAAGCUACUUUUUUUGUUGUUGCUGUUUAGCAAUUAAGUUAGAUAUAAGUAAGUCUAGCCUCAUAUAAACAGACAAAACUCUUUGUUUUUGUAUUUCUUCUGAAUUAAUUUAGACUUUGAUGAUUUCCUCCUGGAGCCAUCUUGAUACUCUGAAGUUGUGAAUAAAUUCUUCGUGGAUCAACUACUGAGACUUUAGUCACCAUCUGACACCAGAACAAAAAGGAAACCCAGUUUCAGAAGCACGUUUCUGAACUUUAAGACUGCAGCUCAGUUCGUAUUAAUCUAAAACAUAUUUCUGCAAAGAUUUAAUUAAAAAACUGCUUUUGUUAAUACCAACUAAAUGCACAGAUUACGUCAAUAAAACCACUUCAGAUUAUCAUGUUUUCAGGGAUUAGAUCCACUUCUGCACUGUGCAGAGGGCCAAUAAUCUAUAGCAGGGGUUCCCAAAGGGGGGCGGGGGGGGGUUUCUGUUGCUGAUGUUCUAAAGAGAUUUAGUAUUUCCUCUUUUUGUGAUCCCGAUACCUGAGUAUAAUUUAACAAGUUUUAACGCAGGGGGAAGGCUGCACUUUGUUUUUGUCAGAGUUCCUAUAGAAAUGCUGCCUUCUUCUUGUAAUUGAAUGAAUUUAUUCUCAUUCCCCCCCCACCCCCCACCCCACCUGCCAAAAGGGGGUCACCGGUCUCUAAAAAAACUCACUAUGACUUUGGGGGUCGCAGGCUGAAAAGUUUGGGAACCCCUGAUCUGUAGAAAUACAAGAACAUCUGCCCGAACAAACAUUUAUGGUAUUUUAGUGUUAAAAAUAUGCAUUAUGUCGUUUUAAUGCUCUUUGUUCCUUUGCAGCCAGCAGCCUUUAAAGUCUCUAUAAUUCUUCUGAUGGUAAAUGAUUUUAAUAUUUAAAAAAAAAACUUUUGUGGCGUUUUAUGAGUACGCCACAGAGAGGUCCGCCUGUCUGAGUUCAGCUGAGCGGAUUUUAAAACGCUCCUUUGUUGGGUUCAGAGCAGGAGAACCGUUUUCCUGCUCGCCCAGAUCGGAUUGUCUGCCGUGUUUUUAGCUGCGUAUCCUGGGAUAACCCCCCCCCCCGGCAGAAAGACGAGCCGGCUGCGAGGGUAGGCCGGGUCUGGGCCGGACGCUCGGGUUACCGCAGGCCUUCAGGCUGUGGAGCCGAUGAAUGGAGCGGCUCUGCCUGCUUCACACGGCCAGCUGAGAAGCAGGCAGAGCCUCCGCCGGGUGGAAACCACACACCGGAGACUUCCGCUGCCUUCAGGGUUACGCUGGGUUCAUUUCUCAGCCCGGACCCUCCGUUACGCUCUGAGACCGUCCAGAGCUCGUUAAACUUUACCUUUGAGUCGUUUUAAGGCUCUGCUCCAGUGUUUGCUCCUUCCACUGCCAACAGUAGCACCAAACACAACGUGUCAUAAUCUCUCUGGUGCUCCGCUGGUCCAACCGCUCUACCACAGGAUCAGGCUUCAUGCAAACCCAGAGGAGGGAGUUUGUGUAAAUGAGGUUUUAAAACAUGUCGAUAAAAUCUAUCUGAGGAAUGUAAGAUGCAGGUUUUUACGCGGCUUACUACGUGUUUUCUGACUCUGUUGUCUCCUCUAAGGCCACGUUUUCUUUAGUUUCACAGCAUCGUCAUUUCUGCUGGUUGUUGGGAGUUUCCCCGUUAAUCUGUUGGACUCUAAGCCGCUCUGCUUCUAACUGGAGGAGAGGCAGUGGAUCCGCUGUCUUCCAGAACCAGAGAGCAGUUAAAGUUCUUACCAACGCGUCCCCGUUUUACCCCCCCUCCCUCAUACGUCCAGAAACGAACCGCCUCUGUUGCUCCAACUGAAAUCUCCACAUUGUCAGUUUGCUCCUUCUGUGAAGUUCGGUGGUUUUGGUGAAUUCUGGAGAAAAAACUGUUGUAAAAAAAAAUGCUCAAAACUCCUCAAAAUGUAAUUCCACUGUUUAUUAUGAUCUUUAAAUUUAGUUUUAAUCUAUCUCCUUUUUUUUUUCUUUGUUUUUUUUGUGUGUGAUUUCAGAUUAUCACAGAAAUUAGGUUGAGGUUGCAUUGAGUCAGGUUUUGCUCUGACUGUUAAGAAAAUGGAACCGCCACACAGACCCAGUGCAGCGAUAACUGGAGCUGGGCUCUGGAUUAUUGGUUUAGAUUUAUAACGCUGAGCAGGACGGCAGUUUUUCAUGAUGGUUUCUGCAGGUUGUUGGUUUGGUUUGCAUGGCUGGAAAUCUGCUGGAUUUAAAACCUCCGUGGUGUUUGAAAACGUCUCAUUUCAGGGAAAAAAAUAUUAUUUUUUGCAAUAUGUUUUCUUUCCCGACUUUUGGUCUUCAGUAACACCAAAUACAGAUCAUGUUGACAGAUUUAAUAAAGUAUAUAUAUUAAAAAGUUAACUCAUAACGCAGUUUGCCUUGUGCUGGUUGGAGAAAAUGUGUUUUUAACUUAUUUCAUGUGUGCUUUUGGUUUCUUUUGUGGAUCUCGACACUUUAAUUCAGGUUUGGUUUCUGGAGAUGAUGAUGCUGUUUCUGUAUCUGUACUGUGUAAUAAUGCUUUUACUUCUCCUGAAUAAAUGAAUCAUAAUGAUGACAA